UGAAGAGCUUUUGGGCCGCUGGUCCCUCCUCUCCAACUGUCACGCCAUGAGACUUCCUCCUCGACCCUCGAAAGUUUCUCUCUCUCUCUCUCUCUAUCUCGCCUCUUCUCGAAACGUUUCUCUCUCUCUCUCUCUCUCUCGCCUCUUCUUGAAACGUUACGGUCCAAGCAUCCUUCGAGGGCGGGACUGAUCUAACCAGUAGAGAGAGAGAGAGAGAGAGAGAGUCAAAGGGAGGGGAGGGGGAAAACGAUAGUGUACAUUGAUUGACAAAGUUUCUUGAAUUAUUUCGCUACCAGCAACACCAACAACGACGAUACCCACUUGUUAAAAUAACGUGAAGAUUCUGCGGCUUUCAACAGAAGUUGGUGGCAUGUCGGAGGAAUUAUUUAAUCUCUCUUUAGUUUAUCAUCCACAACCAGCCAGCCUCGUACGCUCAAUGUAUUUUAUUGGGUAUAUAUAGUCUGUAUACUGUUCCAUUUUCUUUUACGUGGUUUUGACUUUUGAUCCCAUCCGAGCUGAUCCAGCUACGACGCUAAACAUUCUCACUUCAUUCGGAAUUACUUCCUUUUCUUUCCCCCCGCAGCCGCUUGACCAGAUCUCUCCUCGUCAAAGCUAUAAAAUAACCACGUUUUUUCGGAGUCUGCACAUAAAAUUAAUCGACCUUUUGUUGUUCGAGGCGGUGGAGAUUCAUGGGAAAUUGAGAAGCAGGCGCUUCGAUUCGGUUCCAAGUGUUUUCACUGUAGCGAAAGUGUGGAUCUUGUUUGGAGAAUUGUUGGUUGGACCGAGAAAGUGAAAGAUUUUUUGCGUAGUGAUUGGCUCAAGGUUCAAAGCGACUUCACGAGUUGGUUUUUUAGUGAUUUCGUUCAUUGGAAAUCGAAAAAAUAAAAAUUCUCUUCUUUUUCCAAUGUUCGUGGUUUAAAUAGCUGAUCAAUGGCAGAUGAAUACUGAGUUUAAGGUAUUGGAAGCUGGGUUUUUGUCGUUUCAUUGGUUUCUGCUUCACUGACCCUGAGUUGACUCUGAAGCUUGAAGCUUCUUAGCUGAUGUAAAAUUUGCUGAGAUAGCCGCUUCGUCGAAGGGGGUAUUGAAGAUCCGCAUAUUGAUUUUUGACGUGGAGAUGGGGUGUCAGUUCUCCAAAUUGCCACCAUGUUGCUGGGAGUCGCAAUUCAAGGGAUCUGUCCUUGAAGUUGCUGAUGUUGCAUUUCCAGAGAAAGAUGAGUUGGCCGAACCUAAGUCCUUGCCUGCAUUCCGAGAGUUCACGUUCGAGCAGCUUAAGAAGGCGACAUCAGGUUUUGCAGUGGAGAAUAUUGUGUCGGAGCAUGGAGAGAAGGCUCCCAAUGUCGUCUACAAAGGAAAGCUAGAGGACCAGAAGCGAAUUGCUGUCAAGAGAUUCAAUAGAAAUGCUUGGCCUGAUUCCCGGCAAUUCUUGGAGGAGGCAAAGUCAGUUGGUCAGCUGCGAAGUAACAGAUUGGCAAAUUUGCUGGGUUGUUGCUCCCAAGAUGAGGAGAGGUUGCUUGUUGCAGAAUAUAUGCCCAACGAAACGCUGGCAAAGCACUUAUUUCAUUGGGAUUUGCAACCCAUGAAAUGGCCUAUGAGAAUGAGGGUCGUCCUUCAUAUUGCACAAGCACUGGAUUAUUGCACAAGCAAAGGGCGCGCGCUUUAUCAUGAUCUUAAUGCAUAUAGGAUACUGUUUGAUGAGGAUGGUAAUCCUAGACUUUCGACCUUUGGCCUCAUGAAAAAUAGUCGGGAUGGCAAGAAUUAUAGCACAAAUUCAGCAUUUACACCUCCAGAGUACCUGAGAACGGGCAGCGUAACGCCAGAAAGCGUUAUAUAUAGCUUUGGUACUCUUCUGCUUGACCUUCUAAGUGGAAAACAUAUACCCCCAAGUCAUGCCCUCGACUUAAUAAGGGAUCGGCAUCUGCAGACAUUGAUAGAUUCUUGCUUGGAAGGACAGUUUUCUGAUGAUGAUGGGACUGAGUUGGUACGCUUGGCUUCCCGAUGUUUACAAUAUGAACCUCGAGAACGUCCAAAUCCAAAGUCCUUAGUUGCUGCAUUAACUCCAUUGCAGAAGGAGGUUGAGGUUGCUUCUCACAUACUUAUGGGAAUCCCCCACAGAGCUUCUUUAUCUCCUCUAUCACCUUUUGGGGAGGCUUGCUCAAGAAAGGAUUUGACUGCAAUACACGAAAUUUUGGACAAUCUCGGAUAUAAAGACGAUGAAGGAUUAACAAAUGAGCUCUCUUUUCAGAUGUGGACAGACCAAAUGCAGGAAACAUUGAACUUGAAGAAAAAGGGCGAUCUUGCUUUCCGGCAGAAAGAUUUCGCAGCAGCAGUUGAUAACUACACACAGUUUGUCGACGCGGGAACCAUGGUUUCUCCAACAGUUUUUGCUCGCCGUAGUCUGUCUUACCUAAUGAGUGACAUGGCUCAGGAAGCUCUGAAUGACGCAAUGCAGGCCCAAGUCGUUUCCCCGGUGUGGCACAUCGCAUCAUACCUUCAGGCUGCAGCCCUCAUAAUGCUAGGGAUGGAGGCCGAAGCGCAGGUCGCACUUAAGGAAGGUGCGGCUCUGGAAGUUAAGCGGAGUACAAACACCGGCCAAAAAUGAACUAGGACUCUACAAUACAAAUUGGACACUGCUGUCUGCCCAGAUGAACGAUUUUAUUACCGGAGUACGCAAUGAGAAAAGCAUUCUCAAUGUUCUCAUCAUGAUGCUCUGAUUUGUCUGUUCUUCCUGUGCAGAGAAAUGAGUUAGUCAUACUAUUUGGUCAGAUCUACUCGCACAUUUGUAUAGGCUACAUCAGUGUUCUUUUGUUUCCCAGUGUCCUUUUGUGUUUCUUUUUUGUCAACUGGGACGAGAUAGAAUGCUAUUUAUUUGGAGGAAAGGUUUGCAAACUUAUAUCUCUGUAUAGAGACAGUUUCGAUCCUGAUUUGGAAAUUCAAGUUGAACCUGAGAGGGACAGAGAGGUCUCCUUUCUGUUUCUGUCAA